AUAUGCUGUUGGGCUCAGAGUCGCACUGUCUCCUGCGACAUAAACAAGUUUAAAAACAAUGGUGAGUUGCAAGACCAUUGUUGUUGUAUGUUUUAUAUUACAAUGUUGUUCGAAUAGAAAAGUAAAUCAUGCUAAUCAAGAUAAUCCCAUCGUACACGUAAGGGAGGGUACAUUGAGAGGUACCGUGGCUACAACCGUCGAUGGAUCUAUGUACUACAGUUUUAAGGGUAUCCCUUAUGCACACGCACCUACAGGCGAUGCCAGAUUUCGGGCACCGUUGCCACCAAAACAUUGGAAAGGUGUUCGUGAUGCAACACAACACGGUCCAAUCUGCACCCAGUACGAUCUAUCCAUUAACCAACUGAUAGUCGGCAGCGAAGAAUGUCUCUUCGUAAAUAUUUACACCAAAUCUUUGAACCCGAAAGCCAAAAUACCAGUCAUGGUAUUUAUCCACGGUGGCAGUUAUAGUUACAACUCAGGAAACUCGGAAACUUUCAGUCCAGAUCUAUUAAUACGUCACGACGUUAUUUUGGCUACUAUUAACUACAGACUGGAACUUCUCGGGUAUCUAUGUUUAGACUCACCAGAAGUACCAGGAAAUGGUGGAAUGAAAGAUCAAGCUGCUGCCUUAAAAUGGAUUAAGAGUAACAUUGCUAAAUUUGGUGGAGAUCCUGACAAUAUCACGAUAUUCGGAGAAAGUUCAGGCGCCAGUUCGGUCACAUUUCACAUGCUCUCACCAAUGUCUAAAGGUCUUUUCAACAAGGUUAUAGCACAAAGUGGCACUGUUAUACAUGAUUGGGCUAUCGAUAGGAAUGCAAAGGAAAGGGCUUUUAGAGCGGGAAAACUUCUAGGCAUAGAUACUAAUAACUCUGAUGAAUUAUUGGCAUAUUUACGUGGAUUGAAUGCAACUCUUUUAACAAACCUUGCACAAAAAACUAUGACAUUCGAUGAAACAUAUAGAGGGUUACCUGAUUAUUUCAUUCCAGUAAUAGAAAAGAAAUUUAAAGGUGUCAAAGCGUUUAUGAACGAAGAGCCACUUAAAACUAUAUUAGACGGCAACACAGCUAAAGUACCACUGAUGAUUGGUUAUAAUUCCGCGGAGGAUUUAGUCCUCAUAGAUUAUUUAGCUGACAAACUAGAUGUAUACAACAGAGACCCGUCUUAUUUUAUCACUAAAGAACUAGCAACUAAUAUAAAUGAAGCAAAAUUAAAAGAAUACGGCGAAAGACUGAGACAAUUUUAUGUGAAUGGAAGAAAUUUGACGAGAAACAAUCCGGUAAUCAUUGAAAAUAUCGGAAGCGAUAUUCAUUUCUUUUACAAUACGCAUCGAUUUGCUAAUUUAUAUAGUGAAUGUGGUCAACCAGUCUACAUGUACAGAUUUAACUACGACACUGACCUUAAUAUUAUAAAGAAUUUCACAGGAUACGCCAAUCUUAAGGGUGCAAGUCAUGCUGACGAACUCUUCUAUAUGUUCUACAACUUUUUGAACAAGAAACCGUACGAUGAACAAGCAAGAUUACGGGAAUUGGCACUUAAAGUCACUACACUAUGGACCAAUUUUGCUAAAUCUGGCAAUCCCACCCCUGACCGCAGUUUAGGAGUUACGUGGCAACCAUACACAGCCCAUGGUAAAGAAUAUCUCAAGUUAGAAGACAACAUGGCGAUGGGGAAGUAUGCAGACAAAGAACGAAUGUUGUUCUGGAAUGAAUUGUACAAGGAAGCUUGUCUACCUCAUAUUGUCUAAUCAACAAAAAAGAGAAAAAUAAAUAAAUUAAAUGAACGAAA